AUGGAGUAAUCAAACUAUAAUAUCAAGUGAUAAUAUAAAUCAUCAAUUUUCUCACACUCACAUAUUCAUGUUUUCAAUUAGGUAAUUGAUCAAACAUAAUGGGAUCCCAAACAGAAACCCAUGAUCUUCCUAUUGUUGACUUAACCGAUGAAACGCUGAAGCCUGGAACUGAAGCGUGGGUUUCAGCAUGUAAAGUAGUUCGAACUGCGUUGGAGGAUCAUGGUUGUUUCAUUGCACGUUACAACAAAAUUGGUGAAGAGCUUUGUGAUUCUGUUGUCUCUGCAUUGGAACAACUAUUUGGUCUGCCAUUGGAGACAAAGAAGCAAGAGACUAGUGAGAAAUUGUUUCAUAAUUAUUAUGGACAAAUUCCAUCUCUUCCAUUAUAUGAAUCACUUGGGAUUGAUGAUCCAUUAAACAUUAAGGGAUGCCAGAAGUUCACAAACAUCAUGUGGCCACAAGGGAAUGAUCGUUUUUGCGAAAGCGUGAAUGAGUAUGCAAAGGUAUUGGGAGAAGUAGACAAAGUGACAAAGAAGAUGGUAUUUGAGAGCUAUGGUGUGGACAGUGAGCGAUGCAAUUCAUUCAUAGAAUCAGGAAAUUACCUUCUUCGGUGCCUCAAAUACAGACCACCAGAGAAGAAUGAAACUCAUUUGGGAAUGCAAUCUCACACUGAUUUGACUAUGCAAUCAGUAUUGCAUCAGCUGAAUGGUGUGGCAGGUUUGGAAAUCAAAAUCAAGAAUGGGAACUGGCUGCUUGUUCAUCCCUCCCCUUCCUUCUUUCUCGUCAUGGCUGGAGAUGCUUUCAAGGUUUGGAGCAAUGGCAGGAUACGUCCGUGUGAACAUCGAGUGAUAAUGAAUAACGCAAAGGAAAUUAGGUAUUCUAUGGGGCUUUUCACUUUUAAUGGUGACAUUGUGCAAAUGCCAGAAGAGUUUGUUGAUGACAAAAAUCCUUUGCGCUAUAAACCAUUAUUUGACCAUUUUGAUUACCUUCGUUUCUUUGAUAAAGAGAAGAUCAUAGACUCUGAUUUGCGAGUCAAGGCAUACUUUGGAGUAUGAACCUUUUAUUACAAAGGAACAAUUUCAUGCCAAUAAUGGUUGUAUUGUGCUAAAGAAUUAAAUUAGUUUUGACAACUAUACGUGAUCAUUAUAAAAAAGUAAGAGAGCCGUAUAUUAAAAACUUUAUAUGGCGAGAUAAAAAUAAUAUAUAUCUCUCUCUUGCUUUUGAUGUCGUUAUCAAAUAUAUUUGUCAAAACUAAUUUACGAUGAAUUUUAUAUUACAUGUGUGAAGUGUGCAUGGUUUGAAGUUAUCUUAACAUUAUCGUUGUAUCGUAAGAUGUAUUCUAUCGGUUUCUUGUAAAAAUAAAUAACAGGGUAUUGUUUUAUUUAAUAAUAUCUCUCUUCUAUA